CAGGUCCAACAUUUUCCUCUUUAAAGUCUACUUUUUCUAUCCUGACAGUCUUUUUUCGCAAGGGAAAGGUCUAUAAUUACAUCUAGUUUGUCCAGCAGUAUCUGCCUUCUCCUAUCAAAAAAGAAAAAGCUUUUCCUCUCAAUCCCCGAGGGGCUAUGACAGCCCCUAUACCCCUAUAGUCCCGCCCACCCUCUCUUGCCCUAUCUCAGGCAUUAACAUGCAAAAAACAACAUAAGUCACGGAAAACCAAAUCAUGCCAAAAUAAGGAAUCCACAAACAGUUUUUGGGGAAUUAACAGUGGAUGAUGCGUCGGGCCCGUGCAGGCGUGUUAACCCUGCUAUGGGCAGAGGUUUAGAAAUAUUAGAGGAUAACAAUGGAAAAGUUGUGUUUGUGAACAGGUUGGGAAAGUUUGGGGCCAAAAAAAAAAAAAAAAAAAGAAGUGUAGCGCUUUUCGUCCUCACACGGAUGCGGUUUCGGGAAUCGACAACAUGCUGUGCGGUGGAGGAGGGUGGGGGGGAAACUGGACCGCAACUCCAAAAAUGUGAUUGGAUCUGUAAUAUCCUUGGUGUUAAAAUGUGUGCGUGAAAUCUAACAAAGAAAGACAUGAACAAUGGCAGAAAGAGAGAGGAAGAAUGUGGCUGUGUAUCGCAGCGUCUCUUUCAAAAAGUUGGGAUCCUGGAGCACCAACAGGAGUGAAGACCAACAACACAAAUCAGAGGAUUUGGAGGCAGCUGGCGUCGCCCUUCCCCCGGAGCCCAGCAAAGCAGAACAACCCUUGGCGACGCGUAAUGUCAGUGUGUCAAGAAAAGUUUCCAAAAUCUCUGCCACCACCGCUACAGCCACCGCCGGCCUCCCAACCGCAGAUUCAAAGAGAGGCUCCUCCACUCCUCUCUCCUCUAUUUCUCCAUCCAUCCGCCAGCUCACUGAGAAGUUUAGCAGCAGCAGUGGCGGCGGCGGUGGCUCCGCUGGGACGCACAGAGCUUCACCGGGAGACGGCACAGCGGUGACGCGGGGAAGCAGCACUCUUCCCCGGGCAAGGAGCUCCAGGAAAGACGGGUCUCCGUCUCGUAAAUCUUUUCACGAGGACAGCGUUGGCGGAUAUUUCCAGGAUAGUGAUACUACUACUAAUGCUACUGCAGAGUCUCUCAUAGACAAUAAACUGCAUAAGUUUUACUCUGGCACCGACUCUGUGUCAGGCUCGGACUCAGAGAAGAAAAGUAAGAAGCGGAUUUUUACACGUUUAACAACCGACAGCAGCAGCGGCAGCAACACUGGUAAGAGAGAUUAUUCACAGAUCAAUGCAUGUUCCUCUGAUCCCAGAAAGACUUUGACUACAGAUGAGGAAGAGGAUGUUACUAGCAGAGGGGUUCCUUCACCCUGUAAAUCUCACAAAAGUUAUCUCUCUGCACACCACAGUGACUUUAUUCCCCUGCACUCUGCACCCCUGUGGCCCAGCGUCACCAAAAUCAGGCAAAUCUUUGACGAGAGACAAAGCAAAAGUGACACUUGUGAGCAUAUAAAAUCAACCUGCAGAGGCCAUCUACCCGACCUCAGCCCCAGUGAGAGUGCCCCUCUUUCAGACAGAAGUGACAAAUUCUCGCCGUGCAGCUCUGCCAAUGAAGCCAGCAGCCUGUCUUUAGAUGGUAAAUGCAUAGUGAGAACACAAAGCAGAGAAAGCAGUGCUCCUAAAGAGACUCUGUGUUACGGUAUGGACUUUUAUUCUAAAGCUGACCACCAGCAUUACUCAAAUGAUGAAGGGGCAGACGUAGAGACGCAAAGUUCCAAUAACAACAAAGUUUCUGGCAGAAAUACUUUUCAAAGCAGCAGCAGUAGCAGUCGCAGUUGCACCGGGGGUAGGCACUACCAUAGGAUUAACCCAUCUCCAUACAGAUCUCAUAGUCCCGGCGCUGAGGCAGAGGCGGCCCAUAAGACCCCCAGGACGACAGGGUUGACAUCUGACCCCAGCCCUGACCUUCAACCCCCAGCUACUUCGUCUUGGAGUCGACCGGAGAGCUUAGACACCUCCUUCUCUCUUCAGCAGCCGACAGUGAGGGAGAGAAGGGAUAGACAGGGGGUCGGGCUGCCCAGGGAUAGUUUACAUUCCUCACAUAGCUCCUCUAGAGCGCAGGCCCCCACCUCGUCCCCCCCCUCCUCUGCUUCAGCUCCAGAUAAAGCCAUUACCUCCUCCUCCUCUACUGUAGCUCCCUCCACUGAACUAAGAGCCCCAGCAAGAGUUGCCUGUCCCCUGAGCUCCCGCUGGAGGUUUAGCUCUGGAGACGAAGAGGAGGAGCACACCAGGAGAAGAAGAGGAGGUAGUUGGAGUGUUCCUUCUGGCCCUGCUGCUUCCAUCCCCUACAGAGCAGGAGAAAAGGGCACGACAGAGCGUGGAGGCAGCUAUUUAUCCCGCAGUAAAAAUGGCUGGUGGGGUGCAAAGGGCAUUGGCAGGUCUUCAGGCAGUGAGGAGGACAGCCCUGGUUCUUUAGGCCCCCACAGUCGAGAGGCAGUGCGUCGGCGCUCGCUGAGAAAGAAGAAGAAGUUCAGUGGAGCUGCUCUAGCAACAGGCCGUGAUGAUUAUGAUGAUCAUGAUGGCGAAUCGGAAGACAGCGACAGUGACAUAGCCUUGACAAUGGAACACUCAGACAGGCACCACCAGCCAAACACAGGAGGAGAAUUAGUGGGAACAACAUCUCGCAGUCGCUCUGCAAGAGAACCCAGCAGUCAUAGUAACCGAGCCAGGGUGCAGCAAUGGGAGCGCAUCUCCUCACCUGUGACGUCCACCACACUUCCUGGUGUAUCACGUGUGUCAAAGGUCAAUAUCCCCCCAUUUGUUUCCAGUUCUGGCAGUUCACAUUGUAGCAGUCGAUACUCCAGCACUGAGACUUUGAAGGAGGAGGACCAGGCUAGCUGUGCCAAUCGGGCAAAUAGCAGACCUUCAUCCUCGUCCAUGCUGAGUAAAACUUACCAUGGAAAUUUCACAAUGUACCGUUCCCCAAGCUUUGGCCAUGGGGAUAACGUCUCACAUCCCCCUUUGCGGGUGCGCCCCAAAAUUGUGCCCAUAGUCACCCCUUUACCUAGUGUACUUGCCCGAGAAGGUGGGGUAUCUACAGGGGUUAGGGGUGGUGAGGCCACGACAAGGAGGACAACAGGUGGGGAUGGGGUAGAUGAUAAUGAUAAAAACCGAAUAUCUAUGUCCAACCCUGAUAUCACCUCAGAAACCAUGUCACUCUUAAGCUUUCUGAAAUCUGACCUGUCAGAGCUUAAGGUGCGGAAAACAAGUGGGGACAAGUCUGGGGUCGUGGAGGGGUCAUCGGUGUACAGAAUGGGCUCACGUACUCACGGAGGGACCCUUCUAUCUUCUGGUCGUCGCCCAUCACUAAAAGAUCUAACCGCCACCCUGCGCCGUGCAAAGUCCUUCACGUAUUCAGACAAACCUACAACAGCCACGAGGUGUUAUUUGACAGGUGGCACCGCCAAAAGGAGCUCCUCUGAGCAGCAGCUUGACAUAGAUGGUGAGAGGGAUGGGAGGGUGUCUGCAUCAGAUAGGGACGUAGAAAGUGAUGGGGGUGAUUUUAGGGUUGGGAGAGGACAGAGAAUGAGAGAUUAUGGAUUCAAUGAUGAUAACGAUGAUGAGGUGUUCCCUCCUUUGCAGGAGAAGUAUGUGCAGGAAGCCAGGCAGGUAAUUCGAGAUAUCUGCCAGAUGAGUACUAGGGAAGAUGAUGAUGAUAUUGGUGUAAGGAGAACUGACAAUGAUUUGGAGGAUGGAUGUCUCCAAGUCAAGAAGACAAAUGAGGAGAAGGAAAAAGCAGGAGUGAGUGUUAAGAAUGAGGCAAAGCCAGAUGAAGAGGCUGAGUUUAAUAACACAAAAGACAGGGAUAAACAUGAGCAGGAGAGAGAGAACAGGGAGAGGGAGAGGAGCGAGAGGGAUGGACAAAGUAUGCAGUUGGAAAAGCUAAACAGCAGGGGCACAGAGUACAGUGAGAAGGCAAAGAGACAGAGCAGAGAGACGGAGAGAGCCUUACUGAAGGGCGACUCAGAGGAAAGCAUGUUCUAUGACCGCUCUGUAGAUGAACUUUCAGGCCAUGAGUCUAGUUUAACAGAUGAAGGGAUUGUAACAGAGCCAGAAACCGGCCCCAGUGACCCCUCUGAGAGGUCAUUUCUGGGUUCAGCGGGUGUUAAUUUAGGGUCACGAAUCGCUAGGGAUGUGCUCGGGCAGCCUGUCACCGUAUGGAAGCAGUCGGCUCUCCAUGAGGCGGAAGGAUUUAAGCAAGAGAGAGAAGAGAUGACAGAGAACAGCUUGAAUUGUACAAAUCGUCUAAAUGAAGUCAAGGUACCUCCCUCCUUACCUUUUUCUGCCCGUAUGGCUGAGAGUGACAGUAUCAUCAUGGAGCAGAGCAGCACCGCUGGUAUCAACAAUGUCAAUACUACUACUGAGGAGAUCAACACCAACAGCGCUGUCUUGCAGAGGUCAGCAGGCACUGCAGGGGGAGGAGGAGGAGGAGGACAUGAAGCCCCUGCGACUCCAAGUGCUAUCCGUCGAAGGCGCAAGUUCUCCCCAUCUGGCAAUAACAACGCAGGCUCUGAUUCCAGUAAUGGCAGUAAUGCAGAGUCAACAAUAGCAGCUGCUGGAAAUGGGGAGUCCACAGUCUACCGCUCCCUCAGUGACCCCAUGCCACAGCGGCGCUGUUCUGUGGCAGAAGAAGGGAAUAACAAUUUUUCUUCUGUGGACAGCAACUUGUUAGGAUCUCUGUCUGUCAAAGGAGGUGGAGGUGCACCAGAGGCCUCUUCUGCGGCCACGUUGUCAGAAUACAAGGGUAGUAUGGCCAGUGAUUUGUCAGUGUACAGUGAUGGUGGGCUCCGUGAUGAUGCCAUUCAUGACUACAGUGGGGUGAUCAGGAGCAUCGUGGCUGAGCCUGGUGCAAUGGACAGACUAAUGACAGAUGACCACGGCAAUGGCAAAGCUCCCAAGAAGAAGUCAUUCAGUGACCCCAGUCGCCGUAGCGAUGCCCCUUUACUUUCCCAGAAUGACCCCCAGUUAAAAGGUCAGACUGGCAGCACUCAGCCAAUCAGUGAGCUGGAUCAACCAGGCCAGAUCCCACCUUCAAGCAGUGAGCCAAUCCUGAGCAAACAGAGAGAGGAACUGUGGGAACCGGAAGUCGAAUCUAAACAUGCAUUGCCGACACAGCCACAUGCAAACAGUAGCAAUAAAGUCAAGAUUGGUCGUUCCCUGUCCGAAAGUAUCCCCCACUCUCAUAACCUUGAUGAUGAAGAUGAUGAUGUAAUAGACCAAGGUAGAGAAGAGCAAGAGGUGGAGAAGUUUAACUUUGAUCUCAAGCUAGCUGGGGUACUGUCCCCUAGAAUGGUUCGUCGGCCCGGCAGAAAGCGUCCAAACAGGCUGGCUCAGUUCUUCCCUCAUGAAGACCCGUUUGAGCCCCCCGAACUGGGCUCAGAGGAGCAGGAGGAUCACAGUGACCAACCUAACCUCACCCCUCCUCUUCCCACACCCCCACUGCAAUUCAAACACAAAAGCAGAUCAAAACAUGUCCGCCACGCCAGCGAACCCACCACCUUUAUCCCCAUUUCCCCACCUCCACACCUCCAGACACUGAAGGAAGUGGACGGCCUUGCUGUCCGAUCUGUUGCAGAGCCUCAAAACUUGAGUAAGCUUCCAGGAGACGAGGCCCCAUCUCUGGAACAUGUGACCCAGAAAUAUAUUCUGGAACUGAGCACUGCUGAGAAGGAUACUGUGGUCCCGGGGCCUCUUCCAGCGACCAGGGAUGGAGCUUCAGUGUCAGCUUCAGAGGGGACCAGCACCGAGACCAGCACCAGUGGAAUUACAGAAACUGGACCUCAGAAGAAGAGCACAGAGGACACUGUGUCCAUAGCUGUCCCACAGAAGACCAAGCCCAGAGUGGACAUGAGGAAACAUGUGAUGAUGACCCUCUUAGACACGGAGCAGUCAUAUGUGGAGUCACUACGCACUCUCAUACAGGGCUACAUGCGUCCUCUCAAACAGCCAGACAGCGGCUCCAUAGUGGACCCUCUGCUGGUGGACGAGAUGUUUUACCAGAUCCCGGAGAUCCUGGAGCACCACGAGCACUUCCUGGAGCAGGUCGCCGGCUGUGUCGGCCAAUGGCACGAUAGACAGACCGUUGGACACAUCCUCAUCCAGUCUUUCUCCAAAGAGGCUCUAGCGAACAUGUAUUCAGCGUACAUUGACAACUUUCUCAACGCCAAAGAUGCCGUAAGAAUUGCCAAGGAGGCCAAGCCAGCGUUUCACAAGUUUCUGGAGCAAAACAUGCGCGAGAACAAGGAGAAGCAGGCUCUGGGUGAUCUGAUGAUUAAACCAGUCCAGAGGAUUCCCCGAUACGAGCUGCUGGUUAAGGACCUGCUCAAGCACACCCCAGAGGAUCACCCAGACCACGCGUACUUAUUGGACGCUCAGAGGGACAUCAAGCGAUUGGCCGAGAAGAUCAAUAAGGGCCGUCGCUCCGCUGAGGAGGCGGAGAGGGAGGCUAGGGUUAUCCAGGAGAUCGAGGCGCACAUAGAAGGAGUUGAACACAUUCUGAACCCUCAAAGGAAGUUCUUGAGACAAGAAAUGGUUAUGGAGGCGAAGACAGUGGGUGGAAAGAAAGACCGCUCUCUCUUCCUCUUCAGUGAUCUGAUCAUCUGCACUACUCUCAAGAGGAAGUCCGGCUCAUUAAGACGUAGCUCCAUGAGCUUAUACUCUGCUGCAAGUGUGAUCGACACUUCCAGUAAAUACAAGUUCCUGUGGAAGCUUCCCCUGGAGGAUGUGGAGGUGGUGAAAAGCUCCACUCAGGCAACAAACAAGGAGAGCAUCCAGAAGAUGAUCAGUCGAUUAGACGAGGAUCUGAGCACUCUGGGGCAGAUCAGCAAACUGUCUGAGACCCUCAGCUUCCCACACCAGUCCCUUGACGAGGUAAUAAAGGAUCUGAUGGCGUCAGUGCACAGGGAGCUGUCAGAGAAACAGUCUCUGGCCUUCAGUAUGACCUUCCUGCCCACAAAGCUGGAGUUUACCACAGCCUCAGCCGAGAGCAGCUUCGUCUUCGAGUUCACCUCGCCCGACACUCGUUCCAACUUUGAACAGGCCUUUGAAGAAGCUAAGAAGAAGCUAGCAAUGACUAAGGACCAGUGGGACCCAGAGUUUCUGAAGGCCAUUCCUAUUAUGAAGACACGUAGUGGAAUGCAGUUUUCGUGUGCCUCUCCCAGCCACAGCUGUCCUGACAGUGGCUGCGAGGUGUGGGUGUGUAACAGUGAUGGAUAUGUGGGACAGGUUUGUCUGUUGAACAUCAAAGACGAGCCCACAGUGGAGGCCUGCAUUGCUGUCUGCUCAGCGAGGAUCAUAUGUAUUGCGGCAGUGCCAGGACUCAAGGGAAGGGAGCGUGGCUCAGAGCCCAGCAUCACCCCCGCCCCCGGGGCACCCGGUCACACCCAGCAGCAGCUCCACAUAUCUAUCGCUCAUUCAUCUCUGGAGCUGACCGAGCAACCUACAGGACCAGGGGCAGAGCUUGUUCCAUUUGACAGUGAUGACACUGACGACGAGGACUCACCCAGCCCUUCCUCCACUCUACAGAGUCAGGCCAGUCACUCCACCAUAUCAUCCAGCUAUGGCAAUGAUGAGGGUCCAGGCUCCAAGGACAUGGCUACAGAGACCACCAGCAGUGAGGAGGAGCAGGAGUUCCCAGUGGCAAGCAGCUACGGAGCUCCAGGGAUGUUGGGGGUAGGCGGAGGAGGUCGCGUACACACAGAGAGUCCCAUGGAUGGCCGUGCCAUGCGCCGCUCCUCCCGGGGCUCGUUCACCAGGGCGAGCCUGGAAGACCUGCUCAGCAUCGACCCGGAAGCCUACCAGAGCUCAGUGUGGCUGGGUACUGAAGAUGGAUGCAUCCACGUGUACCAGUCCUCGGACAACAUCCGAAACCGUAAAAACAGCAUGAAGAUGCAACACUCAGCUUCCAUCCUCUGUGUACUGUAUUUGGACAACAAAGUGUUUGUGUCUUUGGCCAACGGAGAGGUGAUUGUCUAUCAGAGAGAAGCAGGCAGUUUCUGGGACCCUCAGUCUUCUCAGACGUUAGUUUUGGGUACGCCCAGUAGCCCUGUUACCAAAAUGGUUCCUGUUGGAGGAAAACUAUGGUGUGGCUCACAGAACAGAGUCCUUAUUAUCAACACAACUACACUGGUACAAGAGCACUGGUUCCAGGUGGGCACAGACAGCAGUCGGUGCGUGACGUGCAUGGUGGCGUACGGUAAGGGUGUGUGGUUGGCGCUGCAGGGCAGUGCGCUGGUCAGGCUGUACCACGCUCAGAGCUGGGAGAGCCUGACAGAGGUGGACGUGGCGCCGGCUGUACAUAAGAUGCUCGCAGGUGCAGAUGCGAUCAUCAGGCAGCACAAGGCCGCCUGUCUGAGAAUCACAGCGUUGUUGGCCUGUAAGGAUCUGCUGUGGAUCGGCACCAGUGCAGGGGUGGUCCUUACUCUGACGAUCCCAGCAGUGAGCUCAGGAACUGGGGCCGGGACACUGAAAUCUCCACUGGUUCCAAUGGGCUCGGCUCACGGACAUACGGGCCACGUUCGGUUCCUGACAUCGAUCGAACUACCUGAAGGGUUUGAUAUGAACUUGCGACCUACAACAGCUGACUCUACAGGCAACCAAUCCCAGAGCGGCAGCACAGUUGAUGGGAACCUCCAAAGGCGUGAUUCUGCACGUCGCAGAGCGUCUGCCCACAUCCCUCCAAAAACCAACCACCUAGUCAUUUCUGGCGGCGAUGGCUACGAGGACUUCAGACUGACCAAUAGCAGUGAAACAGUCGGACGGGAUGACAGUACCAACCAUCUUUUGCUUUGGAGGGUCUGAGACAAUUGACCCCUGGUUCAAACAACCUGCCCCGACCUCCCUCUAGCUGAGAACGGCACACAAGCUCUUGUCCUUUACCUCCCACCAGACUCCUCACUUUUUGGUGUUGUUGUUUUUGGUCUUCUGCUCAGUCCACCGGUCUCUAUGUGCAUAAUAUGGCUGUCAGCUCCCUCCUGGACUUACUAAUGAAUAUGAUCACUUCAAACCCAGUUUUCUUGUGUUAAUGUUUCUGAUGGUGUGCAUUGUUCCUCACUGAGUGGCGUCUGUGCGUGUGUAUUUUUCGUUUUUUGGCAUCUGCAAAUGUUGUCUAGAAAAGUGUCUUUAAACUGAAGUCUUUACCGAAGGAGAUGGAGAAGGGAAAAAUGAAACUGUGACAGAUUGAUGUAUGUUUAGACUUAGAACAAGUGAAGAAAAGAAAGACAGAAGACAACUUGGACUCUGCAGAAUGUCAUUGCACAGGGGGUUUAAAGAGGACGUUUAGGUUAACUGAGACAAAAGUGAAGCAUGUACUUGUCCUUUGACAUUUUCUCUGUUUUUUCUGAACUUUGACAUCAACUCUUUACUCCAUCAUCACUUCAUCUUAGCCUGAACUGCAGACAAAAUUCCUCCCGAGGACCAGAGGUAAAAACAUAUUGAUAUCUACGAGUGGAAACUUAGAAACACAUACCAUGACAGACUGUAAGCUGAUUUCUGCAGAUGGAGUUCAAACUUAGCAGGGUUGACAUCUGUAGAGUAUUUUGCUCCUUAAACCUGAUUGGCUGAGUCUUGACAACAGCCCCUGAAUAGCAGAUUUUCUGGUGCCAGUAGAGUUGAAAUGUAUUAUCUACUCCAUAAUCAUUGCUUAUAGGUGUGAGACUGCUAAAAUAAUCUUUUCUCCUGUAGAGUGAGAGUGAAUAGGAGCAUCAUUGAAGUGCAAUAUGCAGCAAGGGUGUCUAACAAGAUUAUAAACACAUGCACACAGUCACACAUUAAUGCACAGCCUUCAUCUGCUGAAUCUCAAGAUAUUCAUAAUCGUGUUUUCACAGAUAAUCACAUCGUAUCUGAUUUUGUUAUUUAAUUUUUGCUGCCAGUUUAAGAUGACGUGAACGUAGAUGAUGCCCACUACUGGAGUUAAGUUUAAAAAAAAAGUGCAUUGGAGAUAUUCCUCCUUAACAUGACUAUGCCAAAGCCUUGUAUGUGUUUAGAGUUUUGACAUCAAUGGAUCUGGAUUCUUUUGCCAUGAAAUUUCACUUUGUUGAGCGUAAAUCAGGAGCUGAUUUCUACAGCAGAGUCUUUAGAGAUGACGCUAGGCUGUGGUAGCAGAUAACGAUAGUUAUGUAUAGUAUUUAUGGUUUUGAUUUUUAGCGCCUUCUUUUACAGCACUUAAUUUAUAGAAGAUAUAGCUUUCACUUUUUUCUUUUUGAGUUGAAGAACAAGGAGGCCCUCGCUCGAUUACAGGAAUAGAUACGUGGGAAUAGUUUGUUUCAGGGCAGAUAGACAUUCACAGUAGGGGUGUAACGAUACAGUCCACUCAUACACAAUACAGGGUUCAUGUUCCAGAGUUGUGUAUCUCCGCAGGGAAACAGAAAGGAGAGGCUGUGGAAAUACUUUUCUCUUUACUCAUCUAAUGGCUGUUUGUGGUCAAAGCGAUCCCAAAAUUCACUUCAGAUUGUAUCCGAACAGUCACUCUGUCGCAUGUUUGGGUGCCAAAAUGCUACGAUUUUCUUUAUUUUGCAGCUCAACUGUGCAUUUUAUGGCAUUUUUGUUGCAGGAAAUAUAACCCUAAAAUGUAUUGUUACACCCCGAAUGCACAGUGAUUUCAGUAUUGAUCAUUUGAGAACAGGAAUGCAUGUGGUUUGUUUGUGAAUAAAGAGAGAGCACAAGAUACGGAGUAGGUCAGAAGGACAAAUGCUGAGCACCUGCACGUGCCUUCAGAAGGCUAAAAGUUAAGCCAUUAAACACACACACACACACACACAGUGAAAAGUCAGCUCUCCCUCGUCCUGCAGCAGAUGUCUGGAGGAAGUGAAGGGUGACUCUGACUUGUCCUUGCACACACACCCACUCACACACACACACGUUAGCCUCAGGCUUCGGGGUUAAGCAGUGAUUGUCUUUGAUCCCUCCAAGCCUAGAAAACCUCAUUGCACUUUGCCAGCCAUCUGGGCACUUCACUUCCCAAACUCAUCCACAUUAGGCUAACUCUCCCGCUGUGAGAGCGGCUAACGGUUAAGAGGAUUGGUUGGUUGUUGUGAUAGCUGCUAACUAGCUAGUGAGCUCUUUGCCUCUAAGUGUAAAGGCCUGUGUACUGUACGUGUGCAUCCUCCACAAGUGCUUUUUAUUUUUUGAUUUUUUGCCCACAGAAAUUUCAUUCAGUUUGUGGUAGCCUGUGAAGAAUACAGCAGAGGAAAGUUUGAAUUUUAGGAAAUGGAUUAGUUUGACAUAUUGGAAAAUAUGUAAUUAUUUGUGGAGAAUUAGCUGAGAAGAUUGAUAUAGCUCAUGUCUGUACAGUGAAUAUUAAGAUGCAGCCAAUUAGCUUAGCUUAGCAUAACACCAGGGGGGAAACAGCUAUCCCAGCUCUAUCUAAAGGUACAAAAAAAAUGUGCAUACAUGCACUAAUGCUCAUAAUUAACCCGUUAUGUCUCGUUUGUUUAUUACACAAACUAAAGUGUAGAAAAGCUCAGGAAGUCAGUGGGCUUUGCUAAACAGGUUACACCACAGAACCCUUUGUAAAACUAAAACUCAUCAUUUUUUACACUUUUGUUUGUACUCGUCUAGAUAAGACAUAAUGUGUUAAUUAGUGAGUUAUGUUGUUAGCUGUUCCCCCCUGUUUCCUGUCUGCUAAGCUAAGAUAAGGUAACCCACUGCUGGCUGUAGCUUCACAAAUAGAUACGAGAGUGGCAUUGAUGUUUUUAUCUAACUCCCAAGCCAAAAAGGCGAAUAAAACGACUUCCCAAAAUGUUCAAUUAUUCCUCAGUGUCCUCUAACGUUAAGGUAGCAGGCAGGCUACCGUUUAUGUUCUGUAUGUUUCACACAGAAUUAAUAUUUGUGUUCUCAGUGCCAACCACUGUCAAGUUGCCCAUAAAAUGCUGUAUAUCUAUGCUGGCUGUAGAGCAACGGGAGGCUCCCUGUAGAAUGGAGAGUUGUGUGAACAGUGUUUAGAGGAACAUCUGCAUGCUAUCUCCAAAUGUGCUGGUACCAGCAUUUCUAAAAAAAACUAAAACAAACUGUGAGUUGGGCAGCAAAAAAAAAAAAGGGUCGCAGCCCCAUGAUGGUGGUGAUUUAUUUUUAUUUUUUAUUUUAGUUCAUUUUCAAGCUGGGUUCUAAAACGUAAUCACUUAAUGUCCUGGGCUGACAACAGUUUUAGUUGUAAUUUAGUUUGAAGGCUCUAUUCGUGAUUUUCAGUAAUCAGUAGAAAGAAUAUUUGCCUUAAGAAUGUACUUUUCUGUUUUCUUGGUAGUCACAUGAGUAUAUAAACAACUGAAUAAUCCUAUUUUCAGCAGUUUUGAACCCAAUGUAUUGAGUUUCUCAGUUUUACAGACAUACAUGCACACACACACACUUAGAUAUGAAGUAAAACUAAAGGAUUGACAGAAUAACACCUGUUGUGUGCCGGUUAAAGAAACUAAAUUUUUCAUCAUCACAUCAAACUCAUCCUGUCAUCACUGUAACUCUCAGCAACUUGUAAGUAACCUCCUCAUGCCUGUAUGUGAAAGAAGUCUUUAUUGUUGUAAAUAUUGGUAUAUAUUGCCUUUUUUUCUGUAAAUAGUGCACCCACGGUCCUCAAUUGUUGAUAUAAAUCUAAUGGCAUAUUUUUAUAUAUUUGUGUAAGGUUUGUUUUUGUUUGUAUUAUUUUUUUUCCCCUUUCUCUCUGGCAUGCGCUGUCAGUGACGUUUAAAUUAUAACUGUCAUAGAUCUUUACAAAAGAAGACGAGAUGGCCUCUGAAAGAUAGAGUUUUGAUGUUUUCACUGGUAGCCACGUUAGCUCCAAAACAUACGUUUGCCUUGUUACGGAUGUCUACAGGUUGGCAAGUUAUGCGCUGCCACCAUAAACUCUGUUUAUCUCUGGUUCUGGUUGACAUGUUGCGGUUGUCAUGGUUACAGUCUAUCAGAGUUACUUCCUGUAUGUAACUGUUCUUGUUUUUGUCACUGUGGGUUCAUCUUUGUAAUUAAAUCAGUUCACUGGU